UUCCUCUGUUUCUUCUCUGUCCCUCCUCCCCUCCGCUUCCGCUCCCCCAUCAGCUCAUUUUCAUCAUUCAAAUAAUUUUUUUUUUUCUUCUUCUCUUCACCUUUUUUUUUUUUUAAAAAAAAAUUUGUAGAAUAUUGGCAUUACCUCUGUGAUUGGUUGCAUUCUGACAAUAGGAACAAUUUUUAUUCAGAAAUUUUUUUGGGUGCUGAAUAAAAUUGUGUAGCACUAGUUGUAAUUGGCGUUACAUGGGCCGUUGAUUUUGGUGUGCCACCACAACUUUGAACAAUGUCGUGCUGCGGGGGUGCGGAGGAGGAAAACUUUGGUCCACCUGCUAAUCAAUAUAACGCUGCCCCACCUAGAGGUGGAAGUACAUAUGGAGCAGGAGGCAAUGACAGAGGAGAGCCAAGGAGUUCCAAUACGGUCAAAAGUGGAGCUCCACAGAAGGCCUUACCGAUCGAAAUACCGGCUAUGCCAUUGGAUGAAUUGAAUAGGUUAACGGGUAACUUUGGUCAGAAGGCGUUGAUAGGAGAAGGUUCUUAUGGCCGAGUUUUCUAUGCAAAAUUGAGUAAUGGUAAGAAUGCUGCAAUAAAGAAGUUGGAUACAUCACAAGAGCCAGACUCCGAUUUCUCAGCACAAUUAUCAACAGUGUCAAGACUUAAGCAUGAGCAUUUUGUGGAGUUGAUGGGGUAUUGCUUGGACGCAAAUAAUCGAAUUUUGAUAUAUGAGUUUGCAGCAAUGGGCUCUUUACAUGACAUAUUACAUGGAAGGAAAGGAGUACAAGGGGCUGAACCAGGUCCAGUUCUUACUUGGAAUCAGAGAAUUAAAAUUGCCUAUGGUGCAGCCAAAGGCCUUGAGUAUCUGCACGAAAAAAUUCAACCUUCAAUUGUUCAUCGCGAUGUCAGAUCCAGCAAUGUCCUCCUCUUUGAUGACCACGUCGCCAAAGUCGCAGACUUCAACUUGACAAAUCAGUCAUCUGACACAGCUGCGCGACUGCAUUCGACUAGAGUCUUAGGAACAUUUGGUUAUCAUGCUCCUGAGUAUGCCAUGACAGGGCAGAUUACUCAGAAGAGUGAUGUUUACAGUUUUGGGGUUGUUCUACUAGAGCUUUUGACAGGAAGAAAACCUGUAGAUCAUACAAUGCCCAAGGGGCAACAGAGUCUUGUUACUUGGGCAACUCCAAGAUUGAGUGAAGACAAAGUGAAGCAGUGUAUUGAUCCCAAGCUAAACAAUGACUUCCAACAAAAGGCAAUUGCUAAGUUGGCAGCAGUGGCAGCACUUUGUGUUCAGUAUGAGGCGGACUUCAGGCCAAACAUGACGAUUGUUGUGAAGGCUCUACAGCCACUGCUUAACUCAAAACCUGCAGGCCCAGAUUCAAAGGCCUAACAAAUUUUCAAUUCAACCCCAGAAUAGAGCAACUUUGGCUUGUGUGUGCUUUGUAAUGUAUCUUUCUUGUUUGUAAACCUAUUCCCAUUUUGCUCCACUGAAACAAGAAACUCUCACAAGGGCAUGUUCUGCAUUGUCAUUUAUCUGAUUCAAUACCCGGUGAAAGAUCAUUUGCGUUUGGUAGAUGGUAUCGUGAAACUUUCAUUAAAAACGCAAGCUACUUAGUUA